AUGUCCACAUCCAUCCUCACUCCCUCCCAUCUCUCCUCCUUCCUCGAUUACAUCUCCCUCCCUCCCCACCUCCACACAUACCACUACAGCCCCUCCCACGAUCCCACCCAAGCCCUGCACUUCCUCACCCAAUUACACAUCCACACCAUCUCCACCAUCCCCUACGAAAACCUCUCCCUGCACUACAACCCCUCCCACACAAACUCCAUCGAACCCCUCGACGUCUUCCACAAAAUCAUCUCCAAUGCCCGCGGGAGAGGCGGGUAUUGCAUGGAACUCUCCAUCCUCUACAACCACAUCCUACGAGCCCUGGGCUUCUCCGCAUACACCUCCAUGGUGCGAAUCCGCUAUCGUACAGACGGAAUCCCCGCGGGAGAUUACAUCGGUUGCGCGCACAUUGUCAACAUCGUAACCCUCUCCAACGGCUCCAAAUACCACGUCGACGUCGCAUUCGGCGGAGACGGCGCCACGGCUCCCAUGCCCUUGAUGCAGGACCUCCCUCAAAAGAAUCUCGGAAAUCAAGAAAUCCGUCUCCAUCGCGAUCAUAUCCCCUCGCAGACUCUGCGGACCGAAGAGACCAAACUCUGGAUUUAUCAAUACCGUAACUCCUCUUCACAACCCUGGAAUUCCUUUUACGCCUUCGCCGAGCAAGAAGCUCUGAUCGCCGAUUUUCGAAUUCUGAAUUCUUGGACUAGUGGCCCGACUUCUUUUCAAAGUGAAUUGAUGCUGGUGGUGAAAUUCCUACGGCGGGAGAGGGAAGAUGGAGUGGGGCAAGAAGUUUAUGGGAAAAGGAUGUUGAGUGGGAAUGUCGUCAAGGAGAAUCUUGGAGGCAAGACGGGGGUGUUGGAGGUGCUAUUGAGUGAAAGACAGAGGGUGGAGGCGUUGGAGACGUGGUUUGGGAUUGUGUUGACUGAGGAGGAGAGGAUGGGGAUUAGGGGUUGGUAG